AUGAAGAGGACUAGGCCUAGCCAUACCCAUCAUUAUAGUGAAGAGGCCUUUCCGUUUACUAGGCCUAGCCAUACCCAUCAUUAUAGUGAAGAGGACCUUCCGUUUACUAGGCCUAGCCAUACCCAUCAUUAUAGUGAAGAGGACCUUCCGUUUACUAGGCCUAGCCAUACCCAUCACUAUAGAGUAGAGGCCUUUCCGUUUACUAGGCCUAGCCAUACUCAUCACUAUAAUGAAGAGGACCUUCCGUUUACUAGGCCUAGCCAUACCCAUCAUUAUAGUGAAGAGGACCUUCCGUUUACUAGGCCUAGCCAUACCCAUCAUUAUAGUGAAGAGGACCUUCCGUUUACUAGGCCUAGCCAUACCCAUCACUAUAGUGAAGAGGACCUUCCGUUUACGUUUCACUAUAGUGAAGAGGACCUUCCGUUUACUAGGCCUAGCCAUACCCAUCACUAUAAUGAAGAGGACCUUCCGUUUACUAGGCCUAGCCAUACCCAUCAUUAUAGUGAAGAGGACCUUCCGUUUACUAGGCCUUCCCAUACCCAUCAUUAUAGUGAAGAGGACCUUCCGUUUACUAGGCCUAGCCAUACCCAUCACUAUAGAGUAGAGGCCUUUCCGUUUACUAGGCCUAGCCAUACAUCACUAUAA